CCGGGGGGGGAGGGUGGAGCGGGGGGUGGGGGUGGAGCCAAGACCACGACGCUCAUAGAGCCCAUCAAGAUGGGCGGCAUCGCCUCGCUGGAAGAGAUGGACCUCAAGGUGCUGCAGUUCAAGAACAAGAAGCUGGUGGAGCGUCUGGAGCAGCGUCAGGCCAUCGAGGACGAGCUGCGGGAGCGCAUCGAGAAGCUGGAGAAGCGGCAGGCAACGGACGACGCCACGCUGCUCACGGUCAACCGCUACUGGCGGCAGCUGGACGACAACGUGCGCCUGCUGCUGCUGCGAUUCCAGCAGCACGGGGCCACGGGAGAAGGUGGUGGUGAUGCGGAGUCGCAGGUCGAUCCGGACACGGAUGGAGAUGGAGAGCGAGAGGAGAGGGGCGCGGUGCGUGAGAGCACCCUGUCUUUCCUGGCCACGCUCGCCUCGUCCUCCGUGGAGGAGAUGGAGCAGGAGCUGGGGGCGAGGGUCCACUUCUCCACGGAGGCCGUGGGGCGCGUGGCCACAGCCUUCGAGGCCACGGCACGGAGAGCCCACCAGCGUCUGUGGGGCCUCGCCAACUCGCACGGUCAGAGGGGCGCUCAGUCAGGCGGCCAGUCAGUCAGUCACUCAGUCACUCAGUCAGUCAGUCAGUCACUCAGUCAGUCACUCAGUCAGCCAGUCAGUCCGUGGGGGCGCGUGGCCACAGCCUUCGAGGCCACGGCACGGAGAGCCCACCAGCGUCUGUGGGGCCUCGCCAACUCGCACGGUGGCGUGGAGGAGUCUCUCCGUGGCCACGCCCGCGACCUCCAGGCUGAGAACGAGCGCCUGCAGGACCUGGCCACGCGCCUGCAGGAGAGGCACCACAAGAUGUCACUCGAGUUCACAGAGCUGCAGGACAAAGUGGUUGCGGCUGAGACUCGUGUCACGGAGAUGGGCACCACGGUGGAGGACCUCCAGUGGGAGGUGGACAAGCUGAGGCGCCGUGAGCAGAAACUGAACCGCCACCUGGCCGAGGCGCUCGAGAAGGUGAACUCUGGCUACAGCCUCUCGGGGCAUUAUGGAAACGUGCACGGUGGACAGAUCACUCUGAACGUGCAGAGGUUUGAGAUGAUGAAUGCCCAGCUAGAGGAGAACAAGGAGCUGGCUAACGGGCGUCUCGCUGAGCUGGAGAAGCUGCAGCAGGAACUGCACGACGCCGUGGGGCUCAACGAGAAGCUCAAGGUGGACCUGAAGAGUAUCCCUGAGGACGUGGUGAAGGAGACCCCUGGCUACAAGUGCCUCCAGUCACAGUUCUCAGUGCUGUACGGGGAGAGUGUCCAGCUGAAGGGGCAGCUGGACGAGACACGGGGAAUGUUGCUCGCCACAAAGAACACUCACCUGCGUCAGAUCGAGCAGAUGGAGAGUGAUGAGUUGGGUCUCCAGAAGAAGCUCCGCACAGAGGUGAUUCAGCUGGAGGACACCCUGGCGCAGGUGCGCAAGGAGUACGAGAUGCUGCGUAUCGAGUUCGAGCAAAACCUCGCGGCCAACGAGCAAGCGGGCCCCAUCAACAGAGAGAUGCGCCAUCUCAUCAGCAGCCUGCAGAACCACAACCACCAGCUGAAGGGGGAGCUGCAGCGCUACAAACGCAAGCUGCGGGAAGCCUCCUCCGACAUCGCCAAGCUGAAGCUGCAGGUGGGAGGGCUCUCCACGUGGGGGCCCCCACCUCCUCACCCCUGCGGUGGUGCCGACGAUGGCGACGAAGCUUCCUCGGACCCCGCCACCUCCUCCACCUCCUCCUCCACCUCCACCUCGUCGUCGUCCGUCGCGGCCGCCGGCGUCGCUCCCACCUCCACCUCGUCGCACCACCACCCCCACCCCCACCCCCACCACCCUCACCACCCCCACCACCACCACCACCACCAGCACGACGACAGCAACUCGCCCGCCACGGCCACCUCCACCACCACCACCAGCAGCAGCAGCACCACCACCUCGUCGUCUGGAGGAGGUGGUGGAGGAGGUGGAGGAGGUGGAGCAGGAGGAGGAGCAGGAGGAGGAGCUGGAGGAGGAGGUGGUGCCGGACCGACGCAGCCCUCGGCAUCGUCCACCUCGUCGGGCUCCGUCUCGGCCGCCGCCGCCGCCGCCGCCGCUGCCGCCCCCUCAUCGUCGUCGUCGUCGUCGUCGUCGUCGUCCGGCGGAGGAGGCGGUGGAGGCGGCGGAGGCGGUGGAGGCGGUGGGGAGGAUGAGGCUCACAGGCAGAGGCGGCUGGAGGAGCAGCGCAAGAAGGAGGCGGAGGUCAUCAAGCAGCUGAAGACGGAGCUCAAAAAGGCACAGGAGAGCCAGCGUGAGAUGAAGCUGCUCCUCGACAUGUACAAGUCUGCACCCAAGGAGCAGCGUGACAAGGUGGCACUCAUGGCCGCUGAGAGGCGAUCGCGUGCGGAGGUGGAGGAGCUCAAGCUGCGGGUGAGGGAGGUGGAGGAGAGGGAGCGGCGGGAAAGCCGUAAGCUUGCCGAGGAAGACGCCCUCCGCAAGAUCCGCGUGGCCGAGGAGCAGAUCGAGCACCUGCAGAAAAAGCUGCAGGCUACCAAACAGGUCGCCUGGCACAGCCGUGUGUCACUGUCACUGUGUGUGUGACUGUCUGUGUGUGUGUGUGUGUGACUGU